CCGACCAGUUGGGUUCGAAGCGUUGGACACCAUUUCCCGGCGCGAGAGGACGGCCUGCUUCGCCCCGGUUCGGGAAUAUUCGGGAAUACUGGCUCUCGGCCGGGCGAUGAUGGUGAUGAUGUACUAGACUGGCGGAGUCGAGCGGUUUCAGGGAGGUGCCCCACUGGUGUCCAGCGCGUUCCCGGGCCGUGGCCGUGGGGCUCCGCGUCGCCAAGCUACACACAGGGUUUCUUGUGGAAGUAUGUGAUGACCCACGCGAGGCAGAAGGAUACUCUGAACCAGUAUCAAACUGAAGGCAGGGAUCAGCUUGGGGACAGGCUGCAUGGUGAGACAAUGGGUGGAGCCUGGCCAGAGUGCCCACUGCGAACCAGCAGAACCAGGCAGGGUGUGGCCAAGAGGGGUGGAACCAAGGAGAUCAGGGAGCUGUGUUUAGAGAAAGACCGGAAGCUGUACCCACUCAGGGGGAGGAUGGGAGUAUCAGAGGUUGGAACCCGCAACUGCCAUGUGUUGCUCACCCGUCUGGAGGCAAGUGGGGUGCAGAGUGAUGAGGAGCAGGAAAAGGGCCUUGGUGUACUGUCUAGCAGCACUGAGGAGCUCAAGUGCCGGCUAGGAUCAAGAAGGACCAGGCAGCGUAACUGCAACAAGAGCACCCAACAGGCUUGCAACACAACAUUGGACCCAAAUGCUAAGUCCAAAUUGGAGAAUCCAUUUCCGUGCCCCCCAGGCAUGGAGCCUAGAAAACGUAGGGUAGCGUCACUCAAUGCAGAGGCAGUCAACAGCCUGCUUUUAGAGAGAGAAGACCCCCAGCAGGCCACUAGGCACGCCAAGAAGCUGCAGCACCCAAAUGGGCAGUACACAUUGUCUGGUGAAGCUGCUAAGGAUCCAGCAGGGUUGAGGAAGAUACAGGACUCCCAGAAGUGCUCAGAGAAGUCUGACUCGUUCCGAAGUCCCAAGCCUCAGAAAAGGGCCAAGAUUGAUUCCGAAGGCCUGAAGGAGCUCAGCCUGGAUAGUCCCACCCCCCGGCGCUUGGCAGGCCUCAACGCUGCAGCCUUGCUAAAGCUGACUAGCACUUCUGCUGGCGCUAAGCGACGACUAAAGACCGAUAAUAAGGAGGUGUGUCCGGGUGCACGGGGCAAGCAGCCACACUCCAAAUCACGCAAGCAGCGACACAAACUGCAUUCACACCUGCAGCUGCAGCCAAGGGGGAGCUGCACACUGUGCAAAAGGGAGGCCCUCCAUCCUGAUGUGGAGUGGGAGGGGAUGGCUGUGCAGCGUGGCUUCAACAGAUCAGGCUACCAGUGCCGCACCAUGUUGAGUUACCCAUUAAAGCCCGUCAAGGAAGAGCAGACAGAAACUGAAGUAAACCCUUAUUACUGUUGUGCCCAGGAUGGCAUUAUGGACUACCACAGGCUUGCCCUGUUCUUGGGCCCGCAGGCUUAUGGCGAGCCAGAGGACCACUCGCCUUCUGCAGUGAAGCAGGAGUUCCAUCCUCAGCCACACCGCUUGGCUCACACAGCCUUUGCAACUGAUAGCCAUUCCUAUCCCUGCCUCUCCUGCUUCUAUGUGCACAUCCCCCAUCAAGGAGCUCCCUUGGCUCCCUUAAGCAGCAGCCCUGUACCCUUUGCCCCUGCCACAUUGCCCCCACCCAUCAAGUUGUGUUCCAAUGGGGUCCCGGGCUCCAGGCUGCUGACGUCAACAGUUUCCCACCCCUCAGGAAUCCCACACCCAGCCUUCUGCAACUCGGUUGGGUCCCCCUGCUUUGGUGAGGCAUACAGGGUCAGCAGCUAUGCCUACAGAGCUGUUCCUCCUCUGACCAAUAGGAGAUGCUCCUACCACACAAGUUGCUCAGGCUGCAACCACAAAAUCAAAACGGAGGACUGCUCUUCCCUGGAGGAUCGCAGCCCCUCUAUUCCUGUGUCACCUGCCCUACCCCUCUCGGGCUGCCCUGUUCCCAGUGUGCCUCCUGCUGGCCAGUCAGCGCCGCACCUUUCCACGUUGCUGUCAGACCCCAGCCAGCCACAGGUGCAGCUGCGGGUGGCACGCGAGUGUCCCCAGAGCGCCAAACCCCCCAGUGGGUCCCGCUCUGGUGUGCGAAGCUCUGCCAGCUGUCCACACCUGUCUGACAGUCAGCUGGCCCCUAGCCGCUCCAGUGGCACAGCUAACAAGCAGCAGAAGAUCACGCGCAGGCGGGCCACCAACGGCUGGCUGCCUGUGGGAGUGCCUACUGAGAAGGAGAUCUUCAUUGUUGGGGAGGAUGUGACAGCUCUACGCCGCUGUUAUGAUGGUGUUCAGCGGGACGGAGAGGUUAUCCGGGUUCGAGACACUGUCUUGCUGCGAUCUGGCCCCAGGAAGAAAUCCCUGCCUUAUGUGGCAAAAAUAUCUGCCCUUUGGGAGGAUCCUGAUACAGGAGAAAUGAUGAUGAGCCUGUUCUGGUACUACCGACCUGAGCACACACAGGGAGGUCGGAAUUCCAGCAUGCACUGUGAGAAUGAGAUAUUUGCUUCCCGGCAUCAGGAUGAAAACAGCGUUGCCUGCAUUGAAGACAAGUGCUACGUGCUGACUCUAGCCCAGUACUGUAGAUUUUGUGCCUUGGUGAAGCGCCGUGGGGAGGGUCUCCCAGAAAGUGCCCCCCUGGUGCCACCUUCAACAGAGUACACCAUCCCGGCUCACCGCCGUGUACCCGCCAACAUUGACCCUGACCUGGUGUUCCUCUGCCGCCAUGUCUACGACUUUCGUUACGGACGCAUUUUGAAGAACCUGCAGUAGCACCGCUCAGCCGGUGGGCUGGCAACCGAAGGAAAUUGCACAUUGAGAAAGGAACCCAGGGCAGAAACAAUCAAUUUUUCUUGGACAGAUUGAGCCAGCAAGCAGGUGCCAACCGGG